GCGUUUGCGUCAUCAUAUCGUGAACAGCGCUCAAACGGGGAGGACGUGGGAUGAUUGAGUGUGGAGAGCAUCAUUAGAAACAUUUUUUUUAUUUUUUUUCAAAUGUUUCUAAUAUCGGAAUUAUAAAGUACAAAGUUUAGGAUAGGUUCCACUCGGAAUCGCCGCCAUCAUGGCGUCGGACGAACAAUUUUCACUAUGCUGGAACAAUUUCCACGCAAACAUGUCAGCAGGCUUUCACGGCCUGCUGUCGCGUGGAGAUCUCGUAGAUGUUACAUUGGCUGCCGAAGGCAGGUUACUGCAGGCACACAAAUUAGUUUUAUCAGUAUGUUCUCCUUAUUUCCAAGAGAUGUUCAAAAUGAACCCAACUCAACAUCCCAUAGUAUUUUUAAAAGAUGUUAGUCAUUCAGCGUUAAGAGACUUAUUACAGUUUAUGUACCAAGGUGAAGUUAAUGUUAAGCAAGAAGAAUUAGCCUCUUUUAUUAGUACCGCGGAACAGCUUCAGGUUAAAGGUCUGACCGGAAAUCAGAAUGAAGAAAGUUCCACGCCAUCCAAACCAAAGCCGACCUCUAGGCCAGGCCCGAGGUCGUCACAACAAAGGCAAUCUGUUAUGACUAAGUUAGAGACUGAUUUAGAUUCUAAGCCCUCCACCACUCCAGUAGCGGUUAAGCGACCAAAUAGGCCAUCAAUAGCAUCAAAUAAUUCGUCAUCUUCACAAAGUGGACCUGCGAAACGAAAAUGCGUGGACCCAUUAGAAGCUGGACCAUCAGGAUCUGCAAAGGAAGAAUUUGUAACGAUACCAGAUGAAGAUGAAAACAACGCUGUGGCACCGAAAAUGGAACCUGAAUUUGUGAACGAAAGCAUGUGGGACGAUGACGAUGAUGGCGCGAAUAACGAAGAAACAAAUUUCGGCGAAGAUGACUCUAAUAUGGAAAUGACUGCUUUUGAUGGCUCAACGACAGGCGACGGCAAUAUUACUGGAGGUGGUGAAGGUGGAGCUGUAGGCGAUGCACAAGAUGAGCCUGAACAGUUCCCAGAAUGGACAUCAAUAUACUUUGUCAAGAUAUCCGACAAUGAAAUGAAAUGUAAUCUUUGUGAUAUCAAUCUUAAAGUCGAUGAGAAGUCUAUGGAGUUAUUGGAACAUCUGAAAAUUGAUCAUAAGGACAUUUAUGAUCUUCACAAGGACAACCCGGAGGCUACUGUAGGUUUCCGAAUCGAAUUCCUGCAUUUGAAUAUGUUAAAAGAUGAUGGAGACCCUAAGAAUGAACCAGUAAUACUUGGCGAAGUAUGUGAAACUACUACAGAGACAAUUGAACAGAAAGAUGUAGAAAUGUCAACAAAAACUGAUGAUACUACUUUGCCUUUUGUGUUACUUGACCGUAAAAAGAAACCGAAACGUGAGAGUACAGGGCCACGCAAGCGCAGCUGGGUGUGGAAGUACUUUGAUAAGCUGAGCAACAUUAUCUACCGUUGCAAAUUGUGCAAUGUAGUGCUCUCAAUCAAGGGUUGCAAUUCCAACAAUAUGAAUAGACAUGUCCGCUCCAGACAUCCUACGGUCUUCAAGAGUGAGGUAACAAAGAGACAGAAAGGAGAUACUAUUUUAGUAGACAGCGGUUAUGUGCUGACUAGCGAAACAAACACACCAUAUGCUAUUAAAACAGAAGAAAUAUAUGCCAGCGAUCGAGACUUUGAAGAAAUUAUUACUACAGAGAGCCCAACACAGAAGAUGCGUCGCAGCUGGAUCUGGUCAUAUUUCGAUCGCGUAUCGAGUACACAGGCACGCUGCAAGCUCUGCGACCGACACAUCUGUCAUGGCGGCAACGCUACCGGCAACAUGAACCGCCAUCUCAAGAUGAUACAUCACAAGACUGCCUGUGAUAUGCCUUGUGACCAGAGCUGGGUGUGGAAGGUGUUCGAAGCGAUAGACAACGACUUUUACAGCUGCAAAAUAUGCCAGUACAAGUGUCUGAAGUGUAGUGAUAUAGACAAGAGUAUGGCUGGUAUACUCAACCAUCUAAAGUUAGAACAUGGUGUAGUUUCUGGUGACCAGAUCAUCACCGGAGCAGACGUAGAAACUGAAGAGACUUGCUGAGAUACCCUUCCAGCCCAGUUAAACUACAUACUUAUUAAAAACAUUAUGUGAUUUGGUUGAAGUAGUUGCUGGAUAUUUAACUGGGUUAUUUCUAUAAGUGACUGUGUGAUUUAAGGUUCUUGUUUCAAGUUACAAGUAUUUGGUGUUGACAUCGCGUUUCCCGAAAGGACAGCAGUUGUAGAUAAACUAUUAGGCACAGACUUUGAUUCAGAAAUUAAGCUUAAUAGUUAAUAGGGAUACUGUGUCUAAAGUUCACGGUUUCUUACGAAACAUGAUGUGUAAAUUUUGUACAGUGUCACGUAAUUUAGCUAAUUUUAAUAAUGAUAGCUUCCAUGUUCUUGUUUUAGAUAUUGUAAAACAUAUGCUGUAACCAUUUGAACGCCACAUUUAUGUCGUUGUAAUCCAAAAUGUGCUCAUGUGAGCGUGAUAAACUUUUUGUCGUAAAUAAUAUCGUAAAACGUAAUCGUUUGAUUAUCGUCUUUUGUUAACUCGUUCAUUGUUUCUUGUAUUAAAGUGAACCGCAUUCUUUUGAUCAUUCUUACAUUCAUAGAUUAAUUUCCAAUUUCAUAUGAAUUCUAUGAAUAGCCCUCCAUGCUAGAUUUUCCUUUUUCACAUGGCAGUCAUAAGGUUUAUAUUAUGUGUGAAUCAAACUUUUUAACACCAAUUGGUUAGUAAUUCAUUCUAUAUGCUGAUAAGGCUGUUUUUUAUUUGAAUCGAUCAUUUAAAAUAUUAUUCAAAUAAUGUGAAAGCUAAGCUGAUAUAGAUAAAACGUCCUACGCCUCUAGCGCCAUCUCGUGAGCGCAAAAUCAAAAACUCUCAUUUAAAAGCUCGAAGCUGUUAUUAAGAUUAUAUUUUUGGCCUUUCUCUAGGUUAUAUUACCUUAAGUAUACCUUUCUCCUUCGGGAAUCAAAAGGCGUGAUGUUAUGUGCGUAGAUGCAGCAUUUAUUUAGGUUUUAUUGGAGUAUAUUUUAUGCGGGGUUAUUUUAUUUCUAAAAAAUGUAGGGUUGGACCCUACUACAUGGAAUGUUAGUUUUAUGGGGCUUUGUGGUGUAUUAUAUUAAUAAAAUAAGCCUAUGAUAAUAACUCCAGUAAAAUCUCUCAAUGUAAUGUGUUUAAACAUAAGUUGGUUUUAGUAUAUUUAGGUUUAAACAUACCUUCUAUAUUUUUAUAUCUAGUAAAAUAUAGUUUUAUUUUUAAUCUAGCAUAUUAUGUAACUAUAGUUGUUUAUAUAUAAUUAGCAUUCAUUUUCCUUUGGUUUUCAGUGUGUACAAAGUUUUAAAAUAAUUUAUAGGUAAUAUGGUAAAAUAUUAUCAUUGUUUUAAAAAUCAUAAGUUUAUAUUUUAUUAUGCAUCUUUAACUACUGGGUGUGUCAAUUUUAGCACAUUAUAUUUAUACAUAGAUACGUGAUUCCAUAUGUUACUCAAAAUUCGAUGGUGUCUCUCCACCUUUUAAAGUUUAUAUGAAAUUGUGAUCAUACCUACUUUAAAAUCUAUAUAACUCAAACAUGUAAAUUCAAUAUGUCAUACAUUUAAUCACAUGGUAGUUAUAGUAAAAUACAGUAUCUGGUUUUAAAAUUAUAUAAAUAAAAUAUCAUCACCGUUUGAAAUGCUAGUUUCUGCAACUACUAGGUGGCACUUCUAUAGAAUUAUGUCCUAUCGGUUUAAUCAAAAGAAAAUGUGGUUGUAAUGCCCCUAGUAGGUAAAUUGAACCUUAAUAGUGGUCUUUCUCUAUACAACAGUGUAAAUGAUAAUAUAAUCUAAUACUUUUUACUAUAAAAUCACAAUAUUUGUAACUUUAUCAAAUGCACCACGAAUUAUAUGUAGCAUUUUUAGUGCUGUCAUUGUAUAGGACAGUCCAAUCAAUAUUUUAAAAGUAUUUUUAUAAUAUUCUGCAAAAUUCGUAAAGUAUGUGGCUAAAAUACCUGUAGCAUCUUGUUAUAUCAAAAUCAUUUUUUUACUUGAAUAUGUGUGUAGAACUGUUUGAUAAUGCUAAUUAUUUUCAUACUUGUAACAAUUGUUUACAGUUCUAUCAUAUUGGUAUUGGUACUUGAGAAAUAAGAGACAUGGUUUUCAACCUCCUUACAGAAUUAAAAAAAAAAAUCAAUUUAUAUUAUCUGUGCAUAAAAUUGCCGCGGUUUUUAUCAUAAAUUCUCCUGUAUUCUAAUACAUUAUAUAGUAAAAUAAAUUGUAAGGAAAGUAGUCCUUUUGAUUUAAAAAGUAAUAGUAUUUUGUCCUCUGUGUAAAAUAAUGCAAAACUAGUUUUAUUUUUAUAUCAAUAAGGUAGGUUUUUGGGAACCUAGUAUUAAUUUAGUUUUUUUUUGUUAACGGCUAUUGGUAGCACAGGUUUUUUCUCUAGGUUAUGUAUUAAAUAAAAUAUAGUUUGUGUACAUAUUUUAAAGCUUAAAAAUAAACAUGGGCAAAAUAC